CCGAAUCAAAUCUCCGGGGGAUUUUUGGAGUGGCACUCAAAAACCCUAACCCUAAUCCCCUCUUUGCUUUUUUCUUCUUCUUCUUCUUCAUAAAUAAUAAUAAUAAUAAUCGCUGAAACAUAAUAAGAAAAAUAUUAAAUAUAAUAAUUAGGGUUUUGUGGUGAAUAAAGUAAAAAGGGGGGAUGGAUUCAUCAGACGAAGGGAAGCUGUUCAUAGGAGGGAUAGCAUGGGACACGACUGAAGAAACCCUGAGUGAUUACUUUUCCAAAUACGGCGUCGUUUCUCAAACUGUUAUUAUGCGUGAUAAAACCACCGGCCGUCCACGUGGCUUCGGUUUCGUCGUUUUCUCAGAUCCUUCUGUUCUUGAUUCUGUUCUUCAAGACAGACACACUAUUGAAGGCCGCACUGUGGAAGCAAAGAGAGCUUUAUCCAGAGAAGAACAGCAAACAUCUCGACCAGGAAAUAAUAUUGCAAGAAGCUCUGGAGGAUCGGGAAAUUAUAGGACGAAAAAGAUUUUUGUGGGUGGAUUGCCAUCCACUUUGACCGAGGAACAGUUUCGGCAGUACUUUGAAGCAUAUGGUGAUGUAACUGAUGUAGUAAUAAUGUUUGAUCAAAACACUAACAGGCCUCGAGGAUUUGGUUUUAUCUCAUUUGACACAGAAGAUGCCGUUGAUAGAGUUGUGCAGAAGACCUUCCAUGAACUGAAUAAUAAGCUUGUUGAGGUGAAACGUGCACUUCCUAAAGAUGCAAACCCUGGUGGUGGAGGUGGUGGUGGUCGUGCUGGCGGCUAUCAAGGUAACAAUGCUGGUUCAUAUGAUAAUCAAAUGGAUGGUAAGAGAUUCAUGCAGCAGAAUAAUGCUGGUGGUGGCUACCCGCCAUAUUCUGGGUACGGACAACCAAGUUAUGGUUUUGGAGGCCCAAAUCCUAAUGCUGGUUAUGGAGGAUAUGGGAGUUACGGCGUUGGUGGUUAUGGCAGUGCUAAUACUGGCUAUGGUGGUCCUACCGGAGCAUAUGGAAACCCAAGUGCAAUGAAAACUUCAUGGGGUGGUCAAAGUCCUGGUUAUGGUGGGACAGGCUAUGGUCCGAAUGUGGGAUAUGGAGCUAAUGCUCCUUGGAAUGCUGCUGGAGGUGGUCCUGCUGCUUCUGCACCAAUGAGUCAAUCUGCAAGUGGAGCUUCUGGGUAUGGUGGUCAGCCCUAUGGUUACGGAAACUAUGGCAGUAAUGAUGGGUACAAUGGCAACCCAGGUGGAUAUGGAGCUCCUGCCGGUGGGCGGUUUGGGCCAGGAGGUGUACCAAGCAUAGAUCAGCAAGGGCCAGGUGCUGGUGGCAAUAUGGGGAGUGGUUAUAAUGGGCAACCUGGCUACUCUAAUGCAGGAUGGAGAUCAGACUCUUGAACCGUUUCUGGUUUCAGUUGAUCUGAACAGUGAUUGGAUUGGUGUCAUUGACAUCCAUGGUCAAGCUUGAAUGAUGCUUGAUGGAAAGAAGCUGAAACUGGUUGGAUUGCUUAAAUCUCUGUAGUAUGUUUUUAAUCAUCUAUUUUGGUAAUAUUGGUACAACUAGCUGUAUGUCCUUUUUAAGUUUGUUAGGUCGUAUUGUGUUUGGUGAGAGUUUGUUAUAGUUAUGUGUGCUUUUCUUCAUAAAAUGCUUCUAUCUUUUUCAUUGUUAA